UCUGAAACUGCAGAAAACAUCCAAACCAUCGACGUCAUGCUUGCUUGGCUCUCGCUGUCUGCGUGGCUCUAUCCAGGUGCAGCAAUAUGAUGUCAUGAGUGCGACAACAGCAGCUAUGCAGGUUCAUCAAGUUUGCUGAAGUUUCGACCCUUCAUCCACUCAUCAUGGUGGACUACUACCAGUUAUUAGGAGUACAGAGAGACGCGUCUGCAGAUGACAUAAAGAAAGCGUACAGAAAGCUUGCCCUGAGGUGGCAUCCCGAUAAAAACCCAGAGAACAAGGAGGAGGCUGAGAAGAGGUUCAAGGAGCUCUCGGAGGCUUAUGAAGUCCUGUCAGAUGCCAACAAGAGGAGCAUAUACGAUCGCUAUGGUAAAGAGGGGCUGACGGGGAACAACGGCGGAAGAGGGGGCCAUUUCCACAACGGAGACCAUUUCCAUGAAGGCUUCACAUUCCGCAACCCAGAAGACGUCUUCAGGGAAUUCUUCGGUGGCCGAGACCCAUUUGCAGACUUUUUUGGUGCAGAUCCAUUUAGUGAUGAUCCAUUUUUCGGCAGCGGCCGGCGGCACCAUAAUCGGGCGGGUCGCAGCCGGACAGGCGGCUCAUUUUACGGGGGCUUUGUUGGUUUUCCUCCCUUCGGUGCUGGCUUCUCACCUUUUGACCCAGGCUUCGGGUCUUUUGGCUCUAUGAGCACCAUGGGUCACAUGGGUCACAUGGCAACCAUGGGCAGUCUUGGGGGUGGAGGCUUCACCUCUUUCUCCACCUCCUCCUUUGGGGGGGGAGGUGGAGGCAUGGGCAACUUCCGCUCUGUGUCCACUUCCACCAAGAUCGUCAACGGCAGGAAGAUCACUACUAAAAGAAUUGUGGAGAACGGUCAGGAGCGGGUGGAGGUGGAGGAGGACGGGCAGCUGCGGUCGAUAACCAUUAACGGCAAUGAGCAGCUGCUGCGGCUGGAACACAAAUAAAGUCCGAAGCAUCCCCUGCUGGAGAAGUGUUACCUCAGCACAAACAUACCAACAAACUUGAGCUUAAAACAGAAGGAAAAAAAGCAACAAAACAAUGUAAUAAUAGUGCUCUACUGUUGUUUGGAUGUACAUACUUAGGUUGUGUUUAUUUCCCCUCAUGUCCUCUCCCUGCUGACUCUUAUUUGUUAACCUACGAUUCCGAUCAGAUGAGUUGGAUGCAGACUUUUCUAUGCAUUUUGUUCAUGUAUUUCUGAAUUGGAGCUGUCCUUAUUUUUUUGGCUCAGGGUGGUGUUAUUGUUUUAGUGUUUGGGACCACAGUAUUGUUUUGAUGUAUAUGACCAGA